UCAUCUUGUAGAGCUCAACGUGUUUUCCCGUCCUGCUGAAGGUGAUGACCCCAUAACCACUGAGAAACCCCUCUGCUGCUGUCCAAGGUGGCAUUUCAACUCUUCAUCAGUCUCCAAUGAUUCGCAGGACCAAGAAACGCAGGCUGGAGUGGUAUCCAUCACCUCUGAAACUAUGCCUGCUCUGAAGAAACGCAAAGCUGGAGAGAAGGCGUCCCUUCUAAAGAAGUGACAAAAAGUGCAGGGCCACCUCGAUAGAUAUUAAUAUAUACCCUAAUCCCCUCCACCUGGUCCUGUUCUUGGCUCGGGGAUGGAUGCUUUUAACAACACUACCUCUUCGGACUACUCUUCAGAGAAGGGGAAUGUUACAAAGUUCGAGGAGGUAGCCCUCAGCUACCAGAUAGUCACUUCUCUGUUUCUGGGCACUCUCAUUCUCUGUGCGAUUUUUGGCAAUGCCUGUGUGGUUGCAGCCAUAGCAUUGGAAAGGACUCUACAAACCGUGGCCAAUUAUCUCAUAGGAUCCCUGGCUGUCACAGACUUGAUGGUUUCCGUGUUGGUAUUGCCCAUGGCAGCACUUUACCAAGUGUUGAACAAGUGGACUCUCGGACAGGUAACAUGUGAUAUUUUUAUUUCUCUAGACGUGCUGUGUUGUACUUCGUCUAUUCUCCAUUUAUGCGCUAUAGCAUUGGACAGAUACUGGGCUAUUACAGAUCCCAUAGACUACGUUAACAAGAGGACUCCUAGAAGGGCUGCAGUGCUCAUUAGCCUGACAUGGAUUGUAGGCUUUUCCAUAUCCAUCCCACCUAUGUUGGGCUGGAGGACACAUGAAGACAGGUCUGACCCAGAUGCUUGCAAAAUCAGCGAAGACCACGGGUACACCAUCUACUCGACGUUUGGGGCUUUCUAUAUACCGUUGAUAUUAAUGUUGGUAUUGUAUGGCAGGAUAUUUAAAGCCGCCAGGUUCAGGAUCCGAAAAACUGUGAAAAAGACAGAAAAAAAGAAAGUAGCAGACACUUGUCUUUCGGUCUCCCCAGCAACCAUACAACGGAAAAGCAACGGGGAGCCCAGCAAGAACUGGAAACGGAGUGUAGAACCGAAGCCGAACGCUUGCGUUAAUGGAGCAGUACGGCAUGGUGAGGAUGGAGCUGCUCUAGAAAUCAUAGAGGUUCAGCAGUACACGAACUCCAAAAACCACCUGUCUCUGCCCAACCACUCAAGCGACAAUCCAGUUGCCCCAUGCCUUGACAAAAAGAACGAGAGGACCACAGACGCUAAAAGGAAGGUGGCUUUGGCUAGGGAAAGGAAAACAGUAAAAACCUUGGGCAUCAUCAUGGGCACUUUCAUCCUGUGCUGGCUGCCGUUCUUCAUAGUGGCUCUAGUUUUGCCAUUUUGUGAAACAUGUCAUAUGCCACCCUUGCUGUUUGAUGUCAUUAACUGGCUUGGCUACUCAAACUCUCUCCUUAACCCCAUCAUAUAUGCUUACUUUAAUAAAGAUUUCCAAAGUGCUUUUAAGAAAAUAAUCAAGUGCAAAUUCUGUAGACCAUGAAGACCCCCUUCAGUCUUUGCCUGUCUCCUCGUUGCAAUGCCCAUUGACAUGAUUGUGUCUCUCAAAGCCUCGAGGUUCCACCUGACCCAAGACGAACGAUGAGUUAAAUUCUGACUUGAGAACUUCUUAGGAUUGUGUGCAAUUUUAGAAAUCUAACUUGUGUUAUACGGCUGCCAUUUCUAAAACUAUUCGUUUUUUUUUUUGUUUUCUCCAAAAUACUCUACGAUAUGAGGUGUGAAUUAUUGCAGCUCCUGGAGGUCUUCUGAAACUCUUUACAAGGAACAAAUUCUGCUAAAACUAUUGCUUUGUCAAUCAAUGCACACCAAGAUGACAUGGUACAAAUGCAACUGGCACAUGCUUGAUGUUAUGUAACAACAUAUUUUGCCCCAGUUGCUUUUUUAGGGGGAAUGAUGAGGUUUGUAGAUAUUUGCUUACGGUGUCUGCAAAUUCCAUUAUGCCCUUUCCCAAUAUCAAUUCAUCCUAUGCAUUAACUGAACUGUCCAUGAUUAUUUAAAUGGAGGAAGAUUGUCAAAAAAAAUAAAAAUUAAAGACACACUAGAACAGUGAGUAUUGUAUGUAGAAAUGUAAUUAUGGCCUGAAUGUACAGUAUUAUAUCGCAAUAUUCGCUGGUGAUAUGAUAACACAUACAUUGCAAGUUAAUUGCAAAUAAAAUUUUGCCUUGCAGUGUUAACAAGUUAUUUGGCUUCUUGCUUAAUUCAGCAACAUUAAAAUCUAAAACAAUACGUUUAAGGGA